AUGGACAUCGAGGCACUGUGGCAGUUGUUGACUGAAUUAACAGUGUACUUUGAGGAACCAACAGGGCAGUACGAUGCCAAAGUGUUUUCAAGGGUCCAAAUUUCUGGCCCACGCAUGCAUACUCAGAGCCCCAUUCCAGUAUUUCGGUGUGUGUUUACCUAUUGCAUCGCCCUCUGGUGUAUUGGUCUAAGUACAAUGUCUGGAUUCACCGGUCUAAACAAGGCAGCUUAUCAGUGUGCCCACCAGUUGACCACAUGUGUCUGGGGUACGGUAGCCUUCUUUGAGGAAUCCAAUGCCACUACUCAAGCUCUUCGACUCUUGACCUCACUCAAACAUGUCUCGGUGACACGGAUACCUGCAGUCAGCCCCAGGCUGCAACCGCCUCUCAUCUGCUCAUUGCACUUAUUUGUUGACUCAUUAGGCUCGCAUAAGGCACAGGCCUUUGGUUUGCUCCCCGCUGUUUUACCACACCGUCGCAUUGUAUUCAUCGAAUCUUUCAUCGUGUAA